AUGUACGGGCGCAUCACCUCAGAAACACAUGGGUCCUGCAACGAAACAUUUCGGCCACCGCCGGCACAGUCAGGUUACGGAUUGGCCAUUCAUGAAAUGGAGGAGGAAUUAUUCAACGAUAAAGCAGGUCAGACAGCUUUUUACAAGCAUACAGAUGCGAAGACUCAUCUUUCAACAAAUAAACCGUCUGCUUUUGAGACUGAGAUUUCCAAAGAAGCUAGACAGCCAGCCGCCAGUCGAAAAGCAAGUGAUGAGGCUGAUGAUGAAGAAAAGACGGAUAACACCCGAGAAGAAGUCGAAUUGGUUUUGACGAUCUCGAAUCGGAAAAUCAGUGCUACGAAUGAUUCUCAAGCUUGUGCAGGAGGUAGACCCAAUCUUGUCCACUGGCCCGCGGAGAACGAAGAUGAGAGGGAGUAUAUGCGGGAUCAAGUGAAACUCAUGGAUCCUUGUGAAGCUGAGAAAGAUAUCUACAGAUCCACCUACGACAUGGUGAUGAACGGUUUGGCAGAAUGGAAGGUUAAAAGUGAAGAACUGCAACGAGAAAAUGAAAAUUUCCGAAUUUUGGCUGCAUCAGCUGAACAGGUUUAG